CAGGGAUUCCCACUCUAGAAUCUAGAGUCUAGAUAUAGCGGUCGCAGGAAAUCACCAGAGGAUUCAGUCGGUUCCACGCGACGGAAGAGAUCGCACGUUUUUUUCAAUUCCUCCAGAAAAAAAAUCAAAAUGAAAAGACAAAAAACAAAAAGAUUUCCCCUGAAAUGUCAAUUUCCAAUUUAACUCAUUACAUUAUCAUUAUUUUAAUUAAUUAAUCGAGUUCUGAUCAAGUGAUUCAAAUAAAAGUUGUACCAGAAUUUUUUAGUAGAAAAAUUAUUCAAUGAGAAAUCAAGGAGAAGGAUGUGAAAUAAAUAAUAUAAUAAAUAAAAAGUGAGAGUUUGAGUGACAAUUGAAUUUUGGGAGAGGGGAAUUGCCUCGUGGAAUUCGGGUUUUUACGCGGGAAUUCGCGGAAUUUCUUGGGGAAUAAUUAAGACGAUGAUGGGUGAUCAAUGUGAGGGGAUUGGAAGGACUAGCCGGUUUUCAGGAUUUUUUUUUUAUCUUCUGGUUUUGAUUCUUGAAAGCACUUCCGCCUCUGGAGAAAAAACAGCAGCACCUGGAAUUCAUCAGAUCUCGCUGAAUGAUUCAAUCGCAGAACCAUUUCGACGACUUCCGGUGGUUGGGAAAUGCUGUCCGAUCAACGAGAUCCUGACGAAAGAUCGGGAUGGAAGGACUGUCUGUCGAAAUCUCAAUUCAACCCUCGAACCAAUAAUUUUCUCUCCGUACUUCAGCGAUUUCAAUAAAACUGGAGUUCUAGCUCCAGGAGAUGAGAAGACGCAUUUUGUCGCCAUCGUCGGGGAUCCCUGCCGAUUCAAAAAGUACAUGCUGGAGCCCGAGGUAACGAGUGACGAUGAACAUUAUUUACUCUUGAAUGGAUCUAUUUUCGGUCCACAUCACAUCCCAUCGAUGCUCUCUCCAGGGAGGGAUUACUGUAUGGAGGUAAUACCUGAUUUGGGACUGAGGACACUAGUCUGUUUCCAAGAAGAGGAGCAGAAAAAAACUGGUGACUUUCGACUGACGUUUUAUGCCUGUGGACUUUUAAUUUCUGUUCCCUUUCUGGUUCUCACGAUCAUCGCCUACUGUAUAACUCCCAGAUUGAUGGAUGUCCAUGGAAAAUCCCUUUGUCAUUAUUGCGGCUGUCUAGCUGUGGCUUUUAUCGCUCUGGCCAUUACGCAAUUAUCCAGUAAUCACUUGAGUGAUGAAAUGUGUAUUUCGACAGCAUUUGUUAUUCAAUUUUCGUUCGUCGCCUGCUUUUUCUGGCUGAAUGUCAUGUGCAUCGAGACUUAUAUGCUCGCCAGGAGGUACAUGACCAGUGGUUGCUCAGCAGCUCAUGAACCUCAGCGAUUAUUUUUUUAUUAUUCCCUCUGGGCUUGGUCACCACCAGCUAUCCUCAUCAUCGUCUCCAUGAUCAUGGAUCUGAGCCCCACUGUACCCAUGACCUACAUCAAACCGAAUUUCGGCUCCCAGAGCUGCUGGUUCCAAUCUGACGUGGAGGCGAUGCCAUACUUCUACGUGCCAGUGGGUCUUCUCCUGGUAUCGAAUAUUGCGCUCUUCACAAUGACAGCAGUAGCGAUAACCCGUCACCAGCGAGACCUGGACCUCCGUCGACUGCGUCAGGACAGAGAGACGAAUCGCGACGAGCGUCGUACCCUGGGUCGACUGAAACGUCUCUUCCUGGUGUGCCUGAGCCUGUUUUUCCUGAUGGGUAUGAACUGGGCGAUGGAGAUAAUCUCCUGGUGGGCAGGUGGUGAUCCCCUCGCGUGGUCAGCCUUCGACCUGGUGAACGCCCUCCAAGGAAUCCUUGUCUUCGGUAUUUUCGUCCUGAGAAAACCAAUCAGGCACCUGGUGUGGUACGAAAUUCAGAAAAUUCGAGGUGUCGAGGGAGCUGAACCCGAAGUCGCCAGCAUGGACCGAUCACUCCUCACUGUCCUCAACAUCGACGCCAUCCCCUCCACCCAGAGGAUGCUGUGAGGACCAAUCAUCGCUUCAGAUUAAAUUCAGAGUGUCCUUUCAGGUGGACCUGAAACUCCAGAAUUCUGGAAAAAAAAUCUUCCAUUUCAAGUGCCUUAGAACGAUUGCCUCAAUUCCAUUUAUUUAUUUAUUUAUUUAUUUUUAUAUCUCAAAUAAUUCCAUCAUUUGUAUUUCCUUAUACAGAUAAUUUAUUAAUGAUUUAUGUAAAUUUACCCCUGUCCUAGUCAGUAUUGCACACGCAGUGCAGUGGGCGAUUGCUACUUGUAAAGUAAUAAAAUAAAGUACAUCUCAUUUUUA